ACAGGAGGUCUGGACUUCGCGCAGGGCGCUGCCCUCCUUUGCGUCCGCUUAAUCUUCCCCGCUGGCUGCAAUGGCUGGCGGCUUUGAGGGGAGGAGCUCUUCCACUACAACCAGAGGAGUCGAGCAGGCCAUUGUUGCUCUCAAGAAGGGCGCACAUCUUCUGAAAUGUGGCAAGAGAGGGAAACCCAAAUUCUGCACCGUCAGGCUAUCUUAUGAUGAGAGAGCACUAAUAUGGUACUCCAAAGAGAGAGAAAAACGUUUGUGCUUGAAUUCUGUGUCCAGUGUCAUUCUUGGACAAAAGACUACAAAAUUUUUGUGCCUGCAUUGGCCAGAAAAGGAACCUCACUCCCUGUCAGUUAUAUACAAGAACGGUGACUCCUCACUUGACUUGGUCUGCAAAGAUAGAGAUCAAGCUGAAUGUUGGUAUUUAGGCCUUACAGCCCUAAUAUCAGCACCAUGCACCCCACUACUUCUGGUAAAUUCAACAAAUAGCCGUCGGAUAAACAGCUGCACAAAUAGCCCUCCCAGCUAUAUUCAGCAAAGGAGUAGGCUCUUUGCUGUACAUGAUGGAAGAAAUUUCACUAAGGUACACUCACUAAAUGUCAGUCCGAGGUUGAUACAGAACAGAUACUUGCAUAGUAAUUUGGAUUGCUCAGAACCGUUCUUUUCUCCAAGACAGAGAGCAUGGUCAGAGCUUGAUUCCUACUUGGAAAAGAUUACUCCCGAAUUGGUAAAUCGAGUGAAAAACAAUUUGAGGGACAUAAAAUCUGCUGAAAAAGUUAAGGACCAAAGAAUUACGCAAAUGCCUAAACUCAAACAAUCUGAGGGAUCAGAUGCAGCACCAGAUUGUCUGAAGGACAUCUUUGUCUGGGGUGAUGUUCUGGGUCAUAUGCUAGAUCAUGGACAUGUUUCCGCGGCCAAUGUCUCACUUCCAAGGUUGUUGAAAUCAGCACAGAUUUUUGAUGUGCAGAGUAUUGCCUGUGGAGAGAAACACGCAGCAAUAGUUACUAAGCAAGGUCAGGUAUUCUCAUGGGGUGAGGAGAAAGGUGGGAGAUUGGGACAUAAAACAAGUGAUAGUGUCUCUCAUCCUAAAAUCAUUGACUCUCUUUCCUCCAUGCCGGUGAAAGCUAUUGCAUUUGGGGCAAAGCACACCUGUGCAGUUUCAGUUUCAGGAGAACUUUAUGAGUGGGGUGAAGGGAUUCAUAGCCUAGGGUUGUGGAAUGAUCAGUGUCGAAGAAGCCAGUGGUUCCCGCAUAAACUGAUCGGUACUUCGGAUUGCAUCUCUGUGUCAAAGAUUGCAUGUGGUCAGUGGCACACAGCUAUCAUAUCCUCCACCGGCCAGCUGUUCACAUACGGAGAUGGUACAUUUGGUGUUCUUGGACAUGGUGACACAUGUACUGUUGCUCAGCCGAAAGAAGUGGAGUCCUUGAGGGGGUUAAGAACCAAGUCUGUCGCAUGUGGGCCAUGGCACACCGCUGCUAUUGUGGAAACAUCAGGAACUCCCAAGAGCAAUGCUCCUGGUGGGAAGCUGUACACAUGGGGUGAUGCAGGUGGAGGGAAGCUGGGACAUACUGACAAAAAACCGAAGCUUGUACCAACUCGUGUUGAAUCACUCGUUGACUGUGAUUUUACUCAGGUAUCCUGCGGUAUGUCAAUAACAGUUGUGCUAACAAUAACAGGUGUUGUAUUUACUAUCGGAAGCAAGGAGCAUGGACAAUUAGGGAAUCCUCGACCCGAGAACACAUCUAUUUGCAUGGUUGAAGGGGCACUUAAGACUGAGUUUGUGAAAGAUGUAUCCUGCGGCUCUUUCCAUGUUGCGGUCUUGACAAUGAAUGGGAAAGUCUUUACAUGGGGCAAAGGCACAGAAGGGCAACUUGGUUUAGGGGAUUAUAUCGACAGGAGGUCCCCAACUUUAGUGGAGGCCCUGGAAGAUAAACAGGUGGACAGUAUAACUUGUUGCUCCAAUUUCACUGUUGUUGUUUGUGCGCAUAGGACAAUCUCGUGCAAGGAACAAUCUGUAUGCAGCAGUUGCCAGUUGGCAUUUCGGUUUACAAGGAAGAAGCACAACUGCUACAACUGUGGUUCCAUGUUCUGCAAUUCCUGCAGCAGCAACAAAGUUGCAAGGGCGGCCCUUGCACCAGAUAAGAGCAAAAGGUGUCGUGUUUGUGAUGCUUGUUUUAAUGAGCUGAAUAAAACUGCAGGACUAAGAAAAAUGAGUUCCAGAUCUAAGAUACAACAAGAAGAAACAUCUUUAACAGAAUUAAGAACAUACACACCAAAGUUAUCACGCAUGCUUAAGGAAGCAAAUUUCAUCAUGGAAAAAAUGGGCUCUGCACACAGCCCCAACCAGAGAAAUCAGGAAUUGACCACUCUGAAUCAAGUGCAAAAACAGAGGUGGGGACAAGUAGACUGUCCCAAUCAAUUCAAAUGUGCACGAGACAGCAUUCCAUAUUGGUUGACAUCAAAGAAACAGGCAAUCGAUGUUUGUUGUAUAGGGAGAAUGAUUGAUCCAGCGUCGCAAAAGACUGCUACCCCUUUACCACAAGCUACAAAUGAUAAGAGAAAAGGACAAGAUUUGAUGGAAAAGAUACUGUUGGAAGAAGUGAAACAGCUUCAAGCACAGGUAACCACCCUAGCAGAAGAAUGCCGGCAUAGGAGCUUAAAACUUCAGUUGUAUAAACGAGAACUUGAGGAAACCUGGUUGAUAGUCAAGGAUGAGGCCACAAAGUGCAAGGCUGCAAAAGAUAUUAUAAAUAUUUUAACAAAUCAGAGGAAUGCUUUAUCAAAAAAACUUUUAGAUGGUCUGGAACUAGAUAAUUCCAGUAUCAUACCUGACCCACCCGACAAAGCUAUUGUCUCUGGCAAAAUUCCACCGCUAAACAGCAGCAGGGAUCAAUGCAACAUAGAGGAAGUGGAUAUGCAAUCUACAGCAUCUUCUAACACUGUUGCGGUGGAUGACUCAGCUGUGCAUCAGAAUGGCAGAAGAGCCUCCAAUAGCAGCAGAGGUUUUGAUGGAGGAACAGAUAGCACAGUUGCUCCUUCUGACUCCAAUGGCGUGAUCGAGCAAAUUGAGCGUGGAGUGUACAUUACAGUCGUUACAUCCCCCAGUGGUAAGAAGGGAAUCAAGCGAAUCCGGUUCAGCCGGAAGCAUUUUGGAGAGGCGGAGGCGCAGAAAUGGUGGGAAGAGAAUGAGGGCAGGGUAUUUGCAAGGCACAGCAGCAUGGAGUACCUGGCAACAUAAUUUGGUAAUGAAAAUGUACAGGAGCUGCCAGUUUUUGUGACAAUAUCAGUAGGAACAUGUAUAUAGCACCACGAUACAGUUCAGACGUAGGAUAGAUGAGGUAAAUGGAAUCAUGACAAUUUCAGGAACUCAUCAUUUGCUUCCUAGCGGAUGAACUGCAUUGUAUCCUUGCUGUGGAUUUAACUUAGGCUCAUGAUUUUGCUUCAAACAGUUCAACUCAAUUCUAAUUUCUACACGAGUCUUUUU